CCUGACACCUGCACGACAUGACGAGAUACGCAUUUUGUAACCAUGGCGCAUAUGGCGCCGUCGGCACUUCCGGUACUUCCACACAGCCGACCAAUCACAAGCCUCCUCGUUCUGUUGCUAUGGUGACGCGCUGUUUACAGUUCACGGGUUCAGUGGUUCCCAGAGAAGUACAGGAAUUCCUGAAAACAACAGGGAUUUGACACUUUAACAACCGUUGCUUUGUAAUGAAGCAAAUCUAAUCAGCGUUUUAAUCAAAUAUCUGCGGUGAACUAAAGUCUGACAGACAGAAUGAGAUUCAAAACAUCAUUCUCCAAAGAACCCAAACACAGUGAUUUUGUCACAUGUGUGGAUUGGAACACAACAGAAGAAGUAUAUUCAUGCAGUGAUGAUCACACACUUUUAAAGUGGAAUCUAAUGAAUGGGGAAACUAUCAAAAUCACAGACCUCCCAAACAAUCUAUUCCCAACGGAUAUGCACUGGUUCCCUAGAGGUCCUGGUAGCAAUCGAAAACAAGGGUCCGAUCUGUUGCUAAUAACAUCAGCUGAUGGCAAGUUCCAUCUGUUAAAUAAAAAUGGACGAAUAGACCGGACAGUUGAUGCCCACAAAGGAGCUGUUCUAGUGGGUCGAUGGAGUUAUGAUGGAGCUGGUUUACUAACAGCUGGUGAGGAUGGACAAGUUAAAAUAUGGUCAAGAGGAGGAAUGUUGAGAUCCACUGUAGUCCAGUCAGGGGCACCAGUGUACAGUGCAGCGUGGAGUGCUGAUUCAAAUCAAGUUUUGUAUGCUCAAGGAAAAAUGCUAAUCGUGAAACCCCUAAUGCCAAACAGCAAUCCUAUUCGGUGGAAAGCUCAUGAGGGAUUAAUUUUGAAAGUUGCCUGGAAUCCUAGUAAUAACUUAAUUGUAUCAGGAGCAGAAGAUAACCGUUACAAAGUGUGGGACCCUUUUGGCCAACAGUUGUACAGCAGUGCACCUCAUGAAUACCCUAUUACUGCAAUAUCAUGGGCCCCAAAUGGAGGUUUGUUUUCCGUUGGCUCUUAUAAUACAUUACGAUUAUGUGAUGAAAGUGGUUGGUCACAUUCAUUGGAAAAACUUAAUACAGGAAGUAUUUAUGCCCUGGCAUGGUCUAGUGAUGGAACCCAAAUAGCUGGAGCAUGUGCAAACGGGCAUUGUGUAUUUGCUCAUGUCAUUGAAAGGCGCCUGGAGUGGCAUCAAUAUGAGGCCUCACUUACAGGACGAAGGAGUGUUUCAGUUCGAGAUGUGACCAAUGAGUCCUGGGAACGCUUUGAAUUUCCAGACCGGGUAAUCCAACUUGCUCUUGGAUAUGACCAUUUGGUUGUUGUAACACCAUCACAGUGCCACAUAUUUAAUAGCCACCAUUGGAAUACUCCUACAAUAUUGGAGUUACGAGAGGGAUCAGUUUGUAUGCUUGUACUUAGUCCAAAGUUUUUCUUGUUGGUUGAAAGGGCUAGUGUUAAUUUGUAUAGCUAUGAGGGGAGACUUGUAUCUUCUCCUCGAUGGGCUGCAAUGCAACCUGAAACUAUGAAUGAUAAAAGUAUAAGUCUAAGUGAUGAUACAUUAGCAGCACGCGAUCAAAAUGACCCUAAAGUUAUACAUGUUUUUGAAAUUGGAUCUACAAAGGCACUUUCAGAGGCUCCACCAAUGCUGCACACGAUAGGUGUUCUUGAAAUUGCUCUUAAUCAGGGAGGAUCUGCAGCAGACCGCCUAAUUGCCUUUGUUGACAGAAGCCAUGACCUUUUCCUUGCAUCAAUACAUGGGACAGGACAGCGAAAAUUUGGAAAACUAGGAAGAAUGGUGCAGUCUCUACGCUGGAACUGUAGCAUAAACAUUUUAGCAGCUAUACAAGACACUUCCCUUACUGUGUGGUAUUAUCCAGCUGUAAUAUUUAGUGAUAAGGGCAUUGUUGAGAAAACUUGUGCCAAAAAUGAUUCCAGUGAUUUUGGAAAGAACCCAGUUGUUGUGAGUUUUUAUGGUAACCAUGUAGGUGUCAGAAGAGUAGAUGGAUCUUUGGUUAAUAGUGCAGUGCCAAUGACUGUUUCACUAUUACAUGAAUUUGCUUCAACAGCACGCUGGGAGGAAGCACGUAAACUUUGCCGCUUGGUGAAGGAAGACACUCUUUGGGCCUGUCUUGCAGCAAUGGCGACAAAAGCUAAAAAUUUGCUGAUAGCAGAGGAAGCCUAUGCAUCAAUUGAUGAAAUGGAUAAAGUAGAAUAUAUUCAGCACAUAAAGACGAUUCCAAAUAAGACAGUCCAAAUGGCAGAAAUGAUCUUGAUGACAGGAAGUGUUGAGGAGGCAGAAAACUUACUGAUGCAAAACGGACUCAUAUAUCGGGCAAUAAUGGCAAAUAUACAUUUACACAACUGGAACAGAGCUUUAGACCUGGCCACUAAGAACCGAACACAUAUAGACACGGUUCUGUUCUACCGUAACCAAUACUUAGAGGCCCUCCAAAAAUCAGAAACACACGAGAAGUUCAUAGCUUUAAAAGAUCAGGUGCAACUAGAUCCUGAUAAGAUUAACAAAAUGAUUGCUCAAGAAAUUGAGAAAGAAAAAUUAAUGAAAAGCAGCCAGUAGUGUUCUAAUAAAAAUCACAUCAAAUGUGAGAUCAUGUAGGUAGGUAGGUACAGGGUACUGUUUUAAGCUCGGAGAAAUAGUGAUAAUAAAUCGUGUAAAGUUGAA